AAGAACAGGUAGUAUCAUCACAGAGGAACACAAACUCAACACACCAUCACAUUGGUGCCAUCUCAGUGGGAUACCCCCCCCCCCUUAUGAUUACAGAGGACCUGGAUGUUUUGCAUCUGCAAGAGGCUCAGCAGAAGGACCCAGACAUUGGCCAUGUGAGGUGGCUGGCAGAGAGCCAGGAGCGGCCAGGAUGGACUGAGGUGGCUCCCCCAAGUCCAGCGACAAAGGUCUACUGCCAGGACUGGGAUACAAUAUGGCUGGAGGAUGGCAUCUUGGAGUGCAUAUAGGUGAAGCCAAAUGGGCAGGUGCUAU